UUGCCUUUCCCUGUUCUGUCUCCCUUCACAGGACACGGGCAGGCACGCUAGGUGUGCAUCCCCGCAGGCUAUGUCUCGGAAGCCAAGAAGCAGUAGGAGGGGAUGAAAAUCAUGCAGGGCAGUGGGUGCGAGAGUGGAGCGGUGACUGUCGGUGUUAACUCCGUCUCUGUUCCUCGAGUGGGGCCGAUGUGGAUGGGAUGAAAGAGUGAGGCAGGGCUGAGGGCAAGAUUUCCAGCACCCAUCGAGCUUUGUGGAGUGAUGGCUCAUGCUUGGCUUUUGCAGCUGCUUUCGCAGAGGAAUUGUCCAGGAGCCCCAGCCGGAGGAGAAUAUGGCAGGAGUGGACCUGAGCAGCUUGGACAUCCUUCUAAGCAGACGUGAAGAGUCAUCAGCUUUCUGCCUCCCGCAUAACUGGCUGUGAGUAAGCGGUCAGUGCUUUCAAUUCCUCAUCUGUACUCCCUGUCGUACUCUUCACAGGCCGUGGGCUUCCUUGUUGAGUACGAGGCUCUGGGAUUAAGGCUGAGGAAGGGACCAGAGUCUCCUGAGCAAAGUGACGAUUUUGGGUGCCAUUACAAUGGACACCUUCUACUUGCAGUUGUAAAGUAGGAACGGGAGAUGGGUUGAGGGCAGAGCCGUGGGAUACGGGAGAUGUGAAAUGAAGAGACUACGCGACACUGCAGACGGAGAUGCUAAUAUUUUUUGUUCCCCCCGCACCGUCUGCUGGGUUUAGUACAAAGGAAAAAGAAGUCAAGCCUCAGAGUCUACUGCCCUCAUGCGAUGGAAAGUGAGUGAGAGCAGCGAGCCUGUGACCGUUGGUGAUGCCAGGCAAGAGUCCUCCAUCUGGGAGCCGAGCAAGCACCAGUCUCGGUGAGAUAAGUGUCUGGUUUGGUGAGGGCUCUCUUCAAGCCCCACCUGAGUCCAGGUAGAAAAGCCCUCUAAAUUAGGGUUUGGUUUGUAAGAAAAGGUUCCUGAUCAGCUGUGGUUACGAGGGAGAAAACAUCCCCAUUUUCAGAAGCUGCUCAUUUCUCUGGUCAAGAACGGUGUCUCCUCCGCAGCAGAAGGUUGGAUCCAAGAGGAUGACUCCAGGUGCAAAGAGUGUUCGGCGUCAGCAUUCUUGCCCUGCCCUCAGUCUGCCAACUGGCUUGGUUGACAACGGCUGGUGAGCCAAGGAGCUGCUGAGAGACGCGGAGCAUCCCUCUGUCAACAACUUCUUGAAUCAGCUAUUUCCACAGGUGUUUGAGGAACAAAAGGAUGAGUUUUUACAGAAGGCUUCGUUCCUUUUUCCAAAGACUCGCCUCUCGGGAGCACAGAGAGAUCCAUGUGCACAAAGUGCUCGUCCAACCUGCAGCCAUUGAGGCAUGCUCUGGCCUCAGCCCCCAAGAACAGGCCUUGCCAGAGAAGCCCCAGGGAAGAAAAUGCUCAUGGACCAUCCUGUCAGGCAUGAAAAGACUCUGUGUCUGUUGCCAAUCCCACAGCGCGAUGGCAGAGAGCAGUGAGGAGAGAACAGCUUCCUCUCCAAGAAGGUGGACGCACUUGUCCCUGAAGAAGAAAGCAGCUGAGACCCAGGUGGAGGCAGAGGAGGUGAAGCUGCAGGAGACGACAGACAAAGACGAAGUGGAUCUUACAGGGACGAAGAAGGAGCCGUCUGACAUGAAGGGGAAGUGGGAAAAAGGAAGCCCAGAAGAGCAGGAAGAAGAGUGCACUCCCAGCCCCUCAUUAACAAGCAGCUCCCAUAUGACGAUGACCCCCAGGGAGCACCCUUCCUCAGCCCCGCUCCAUGCCCUGCUGAUGGCAGCCGUGAAGGGUCUGUCAACACCCACCCUGCAGAGAUUUAGAGCCGCAGAGGAAGAGCUGAGGGCCAUCGUAUCUCUCCACGGAGACAAGAUGGAGAAAGUUGGAGACGUGGUGGGAGGGAUCUUAAUCUGGCUCGACAACAGCUGUGAUCCCAGAGCCAGAAGAGCAGUGCUCAGGGCCAUGGCCUUGCUGGCUCGCUCCCACCCCCAGGACGUGGUUCUAACCUGUGUGACUCACACGCUCUCAUCGCACAGGUAGGGGGCUGCUUUGUUAUCUCCUCAGUCCAGUAGUUCUCUUCCUGCUCCUACUGACAGGCCACAGGCCGGGAGGGGUCCGUGGGGCUCACACACUUGGAGGGAGUUUCCUGCUGUGCAGAGAGCUGUCCACGCUUCCUAAGAGGAGAUGGCCAGGCCCAGCCACUGAGGAGCCAACCCCUCCUCCUACACUCGCCGGGAUGGAGACAUGCCACUUUUCUGGAGAAUUCCAGCAUUGUCCUGAUUUCUAUGGGUCACCCCACUUCCUCUCAGAUCCAGUACAGGGCCAAUCAAUGAUUUGGGGGCUCACUCAACAUCCCUGGCUCAUGAGGUCUGGCUGCUCCUUACUGCAGGAGAGAAGGCAGAGAUGGAAAAGGUCCAUGAGGCCCAUCUGUCUAUCCCCUGGAGACCAGUGCAGGAUUCUUAGCUGUCGUCAGAC